AUGUCGAGGGCACAACCACUGUCGGCGUUCCGGCUCAACUAUGCGAGCAGCUCCAAGAGCAAAGCGCACGACAUUCCCGACCCGAUCGGAUACGUCGAGGAGGCGGUGACCAAGAAGCAGUCGAAGUCGAAAGCGCCUGUCCAGCGGGCGGAUCCGUCGGCGCUCAAGAUGGCCAAGGCGUGGGAGCUAGCGUACUCGCCGGCAAAGUCGUUGCCGAUGAAUGCCAUCAUGCUCUACAUGAGCGGCUCGGGCGUGCAGAUCUUCAGCAUGAUGGCCGUCGGCAUGCUCAUCACUUCCCCACUCAAAGGCAUCUCCGGAAUGAACACAGCAUUCUCGAGGUUCGCGUCGCCGGGACAGAGUCUGCUGCUGCCCAAGGUGCUGUUUGUGGUGUGCCAGCUGGCAGGCAUUGCGUUGGGUCUGUACAAGUGCUGGAGCAUGGGCCUCUUGCCAACCGAAACGAGCGACUGGCUGGCGUGGAGACAGCCACGAACACUACGAAUCUGGCGCAUCGCAUCUUCUGAACUCUCCACCAUGUCCACUGCCACACACGCCGACUCGGACGACGCCCUUCCCACCGCUGCGCAGCUCUCGGCCGCCAAAGCCACGCACGUCCUCGACAGCCACGCUACGCGCAUCUCGGUGGCCUCGCUCUUUGACGACGCGCAGGCGCAGCAGUUGCCGCUGGUGCUCGUGUUUACGCGCCACUUUCACUGUGGCAUGUGCAAGGAAUUUGUGCGUGCGCUAGCCGAAUCCUCCAUCCUCACGCGUGUCGAGCUGGUCAUCGUCGGUCCAGGCGAGCCAGCAGGCGUAGAGACGUACAAAGCGUCGGUAGGCAAUCCGCCGUUCAAGUUCUUCGCGGAUCCUCAGCUCAACCUCUACCACGCGCUCGGUGUCACCAGAAGGAAUCUGGAGCUAGGAGACGCAAAGGAGAAAGUGGGCGCGCAUCACAAGGUGGGCCUAACGCACAACGUCAUCAGCAGCGUCAUCGACCUCGUCAAGUCUGGAACCCAGGCGCUCAAGGGCGGAGACUUUAAACAGCUCGGCGGCGAGUUUGUCUUCAGCGAAAAGGGCGAGCCGGUGGUGGCCAUCACGGGUGCGUCGCGCGGCAUCGGGCGUGCGUGUGCACUUGCAUGUGCCGCUCACGGCGCCACAGGCGUUGUGGUACACUACUUGGGUGACACCCAGACCACCGCCGAAGCCGAGUCGCUCCAGCAGGAACUCGCGGACCUAGGCGCCAAAGCGGUGCUCGUCGCUGGUGACAUCUCCGACGCAACCGUCGGGCAGGCCAUUGCUGAUGCAGCCGAGCGCGAGUUUGGGCGGCUCGACGUGUUCGUCUCCAACGCCGGCAUCUGUCCCUUUAUGGGCUUUCUCGAGAUGGAGGCGUCGACGUGGCGCAAGGUGCAGGAUGUGAAUCUCAAUGGCGCCUUCUUCGCCACGCAGGCAGCCGCUCGGCUCAUGAGCAAGCAGUCCCCCCGCGGAGGCAGCAUCAUCGCCAUCGCAUCCAUCUUGGCGCUCGUCGGCGGCGAGUUCCAGAGCCACUACACUCCAACCAAGGCCGGCCUCAAAAGCAUGAUGGAGUCGGCUGCCAUCGGCCUAGGCCCUCUGGGAAUUAGGUGCAACAGCGUGCUUCCGGGCACGAUUGAGACGGCCAUCAACGCCGACGAUCUCAAAGACGACGCCAAGCGCCAGCGCAUGGUGGACAGGCACCCGCUCCGGAGGCUCGGACGGCCAGACGACAUUGCGGGGCCCGUGGUGUUUUUGGCGUCGGACCUGGCCAAGUUCAUGACCGGAUCGUCGGUGCUGGUGGACGGAGGAUGCUUCGUCAAUCUUCAGCCAGGCGGUGAGGCGACGGACAGAAAAAGCGCAGCCCAAACCAACACUUUCCAAGCGCGCCAAACCCUCGCUCGUUUCCACCAUCUUCUCUUCUUCACACACGCACCUGGCUGCUUUCUGGAUGCUCGUCGGCCCACAAUGCCGGGCAACGAAUUCGACGAUGUGCUCACCAACCAGCCCGUGGUGAUCGACAACGGCUCGGGCUCCAUCAAGGCCGGGUUUGCAGGCCAAGAUGCGCCCAAAUGCUUCUUCCCCAGCUUCGUCGGUCGGCCCAAGCAUCCGCGCGUCAUGGCCGGCGCCAUCGAAGGCGAUCUCUUCAUCGGCCGCAAAGCCCAGGAGCUGCGCGGUCUGCUCAAGAUCAAGUAUCCCAUGGAACACGGCAUCGUCACCGACUGGGAGGACAUGGAGCGCAUCUGGAACCACGUAUACAGCGACGAACUUGAAACGCUGUCGGAAGAACAUCCCGUGCUGCUCACAGAAGCGCCGCUCAAUCCGCGCAGCAACCGCGACAUGGCAGCGCAGAUCUUCUUUGAGACGUUCAACGUGCCCGCGCUGUUUACGAGCAUCCAGGCGGUGCUCAGUCUGUACUCGUCGGGGCGCACCACGGGAAUCGUGUUGGAUUCGGGCGAUGGCGUCACACACGCGGUACCCGUGUACGAGGGAUUCUCCAUGCCCAAUGCGAUUCGUCGCGUGGAUGUGGCGGGGCGAGAUGUGACCGAGAACCUGCAGACGCAUCUGCGCAAGGCCGGAUACCACCUGCACACCUCGGCAGAGAAGGAGCUGGUGCGCGUGAUCAAGGAGAAGUGCUGCUACGUCGCGCUCAACCCGUCCAAGGAGGAGAAGGACAUCAAGGAGCAUGAAGAGUUCAAGUUGCCCGAUGGCAAUACGCUGCGCCUGGGUGCGGAGCGAUUCCGUGCGCCCGAGAUCCUCUUCAACCCGGAACUGGUGGGACAGGAGUUCCCUGGUGUGCACCAGGUCGUCGUCGACUCGAUCGGUCGAACCGACCUGGAUCUGCGCAAGAACCUCUUUGCCAACAUCGUGCUAUCGGGUGGAACGACGCUGACGAAAGGAUUCGGCGAUAGGAUGCUGGCCGAGGUCAAGAGGUUGGCGGUAAGAGAGAUGAAGAUCAAGAUCUUUGCCCCGCCCGAACGCAAGUACGCAACGUGGAUCGGCGGCAGCAUCUUGGCGGGUCUCAGCACCUUCAAGCGCAUGUGGGUCAGUGCAGAGGAGUACAACGAAGACCCAAAUAUCAUUCACAAAAAGACGUUUUGA